AUGCAUGCGUGGGAGAGGGCCGGCCACCACCCUCCUGCUCUCCCCUCCACAGAUGCAGUGAGCUGGGCCCAAGGACGCCUCAGCCACCCUGACACUCCACCCAACAUCUACGAAGGGGGGCUGGGGGCCCAGCAGCAGCAGUGCCCCAGUGCCCAGGGGAGCAAGCCCAAGAACUUUCGACUGCGCCACCUCCGGGGCCUGGCCCUCUAUCUGCCGGGCCACGUGCAGCCUGCUGGCCAGUGUGAGAGCCACUGGCUGGGCCGGCUCAUGGCCAGGGGCUGCCUCCCACAGCCCAAGGGUGUGGCCUGGCCCCUGGAGCUACCACAGGGGAUUCUAGGCCCAGGUAACAGCCACCGCUCAGCACUUCUGGAAGCUCAACUGCCCAGGGACAGCCUAGGAAAUACAGCUUCCAGUUCCAGCAUGGACCCAGCCAAGGGUGCCCCCUCCCAGUCCUGUCCCCCUGAAGGCUUGGGGCUCAGGCCCAAGAGAUCCUGGGGGGCCUCAGAGGAGCCCACAUGUCCUUUGUACAAGAGAACUCGCUUUGGGGCUCUGGAGAGGCCGUAG